CACACACCAGGCCUGACACACACUACUCGCACAAAUGUCGUCGAAGAAACAAAAACUCGACCAAGGUUUACCACAUUCCCCCGAACCCCACAACGGCUCUGCUCCGUACUCCUCCACCCAGUCCGUGAUGGACAUCGACGUCGGGCCCGUGAACGGCGCGUCGCCGGCUGCCGCGAACGGCGCGGCGGCACCGGUGUCCGCUGGCGAGGCGUCGCUGGGGCGGCACCUGGCGCGGCGGCUCGUGCAGGCGGGCGUCGGCGACGUCUUCGCCGUGCCCGGGGACUUCAACCUCACGCUGCUCGACCACCUCAUCGCUGAGCCCGGGCUGCGCCUCGUCGGCUGCUGCAACGAGCUCAACGCCGGGUACGCGGCCGACGGCUACGCGCGCGCCCGCGGCGUGGGCGCAUGCGCCGUCACCUUCACCGUCGGCGGCCUCAGCGUGCUCAACGCCAUCGCGGGCGCCUACAGCGAGAACCUCCCCGUCAUCUGCAUCGCCGGCGGGCCCAACUCCAACGACUACGGCACCAACCGCAUCCUCCACCACACCAUCGGCGUCCCCGACUUCUCCCAGGAGCUCCGCUGCUUCCAGACCGUCACCUGCCACCAGGCAGUGGUGACCAAUCUGGACGACGCGCACGAGCAGAUCGACACGGCGGUUGCCACGGCGCUCAGGGAGAGCAAACCGGUCUACCUCAGCAUCAGCUGCAACCUCCCCGGGCUAACCCACCCCACAUUUAGCCGCGACCCCGUCCCCUUCUUCCUCACCCCCAGGAUGAGCAACAAGAUGGGGCUCGAGGCUGCAGUGGAGGCAACCGUCCAGUUCCUGAACAAGGCGGUGAAGCCGGUGCUUGUCGGCGGCCCCAAAUUGCGCGUUGCCAAAGCACAGAAGGCCUUCAUCGACCUUGUGGAUGCCAGUGGCUAUGCCUAUGCGACAAUGCCAUCGGCCAAGGGCCUUGUUCCAGAGACGCACCCCCACUUCCUUGGCACCUAUUGGGGCGCAGUCAGCACCGCAUUCUGUGCAGAGAUCGUCGAGUCUGCUGAUGCCUACAUCUUCGCAGGCCCUAUCUUCAAUGACUACAGCUCUGUUGGCUACUCUUUCCUCCUCAAGAAGGACAAGGCCAUUAUCGUGCAGCCUGACCGUGUCAUUGUUGGGAACGGCCCUGCAUUCGGCUGUGUCAUGAUGAAGGAAUACUUGUCUGAACUGGCGAAGCGGGUGAAGAAGAAUACCACUGCCUACGAGAACUACAAGAGGAUCUUUGUGCCUGAGGGCCAACUGAUGCAGUGUGAGGAGAAUGAGCCGCUGCGUGUCAAUGUGCUCUUCAAGCACAUCCAGAAGAUGCUUACGGGUGACAAUGCGGUGAUCGCAGAGACUGGUGAUUCCUGGUUCAACUGCCAGAAGCUGAAGCUGCCUGAGGGCUGUGGGUAUGAAUUCCAAAUGCAGUAUGGUUCAAUUGGAUGGUCAGUGGGUGCAUUGCUUGGAUAUGCUCAAGGGGCGAAUGACAAGCGUGUGAUCGCCUGCAUUGGUGAUGGGAGCUUCCAGGUGACUGCCCAGGAUGUGUCGACGAUGCUGCGGUGCGGGCAGAACAGCAUAAUUUUCCUGAUCAACAAUGGCGGGUACACUAUCGAGGUGGAGAUCCACGACGGACCUUACAAUGUCAUCAAGAACUGGAACUACACCGGCCUUGUGGACGCCAUCCACAAUGGGGAGGGCAAAUGCUGGACUGCUAAGGUGAAGUGCGAGGAGGAGCUGACGGCAGCGAUUGAGACGGCUCUGGGGGAGAAGAAGGACUCCCUGUGUUUCAUUGAGGUGAUCGCGCACAAGGACGACACCAGCAAAGAGCUGCUGGAAUGGGGCUCCAGGGUCUCUGCAGCCAAUUCCAGGCUACCCAACCCUCAGUAGAUCAAGCUUACCCUCCUCUGUCUCACUAAGUAGAUUGUUUAGCAUGCACCUAGCACGUUGGCCUCCGGAAAAUCCUUAGCACGUUGGCCGCCAGAAAAUUUCUUCUGUACUAGUCGAUCGUUGCCCUUCGUUUAAUGUAUCCAUAUGCUCGGUAGCUCUGUUUGUCUGUACGUUCUGCUUCUGUUAAUUUCCUACUAUUCGUCUUUGAGAUUUUUUUUCUCUCUUUGAGGAAAAAGAUAUCAAGAAAAUUUAGUUUUCCUUCUUAUCUGAA